CGUGCACGGACGCGUGUGCGUGCACUGGUGAGGUUGGUGGACUCUCGUGCAGACCUGCAUCGGUUCAUCAGCAGGUGCUCCUCCAGUGGUCGUGACGGUGACCAACAAACAGUCUUUCCACGGCGUUUCCUUAAAAUCCUACUUGUUAUCCUAGAGGGCCGGGGCGCAAAACCUUGCCUCUAGAUAUGAACCACAAGCACGGAGUCGUAGCUAUCCAGAUGGUCAUUUAAACUAGUGUGCAUUUUAAAAGAUAAUUUUUACGAUUAAAUUUUCAUCUCUUCUCUUUACAUGUUCUGAAAAUAUUAGAAAAGGAAGAUUUGUUACCGGCUAUCUACUCUCCUUUAUUCCCUCCCCGAAGAGGGGUGCUUAACAAUGCAAAAUGAAAUGCCUUCGACAAGGACAAAGAGCUUUUUAAAACUUAAAUUUUUGGUAGACCUACCAAUAAUAAUAAAGUCUUCAUAAAAAUGUAGUUCAACCCCCAAACUUACGACAAAUAGUCCAUUAAACAACACUAAUACCAGUGGGGGUGUAAUUUCCCCAUUUCCUUAAGUAAAGUCGGUUUAUUUGAAAUACUGUGUAGUUGUUUUUGAAGACAACAUUGUCAAGAAUCGUUUUUCCCAGAGUCGUUUGAAUUUUUCAUUUGUGCAGAGGUCGCUCUUUUUUGCUGAAGCUGACCUGGAGUCUCCAUUUUGGUGAGCGAAUGGAAAUGCUUUCCUGGAUCUCCUAUUUCAUCUGGACCUCUGGGUCUAGAAAUGGUGGCUAUUUUGCUGGAUGGACUGCGGAAUUACCGCAUUUGUUUUUGAGCCAUUCUUUAUAAUAGGUGUGUAAGAAUGUUGAUUUAACACCGCUCAGGUAGGGGGUACGUGUUUAAGAGAAAGUUCUGUUGGAAAUGGGGGAGGAGUGGAGAAGAGAGGGCAAGAAGGAAACAUUUCUGGAAGGUAAUGGCUGGGGUGGGGUAGAAAAAAAUACAUUAUGAAGAAGCACAUUACAUCCAGUUUUCUGUGCUUUCUCUGCCUUUUCCUUUUUGAGAGAAUAUUUUUGUGUGAUCAAAACUGACCCCACGUUGCCUUUUUGGGUAACUUUGUGCUGCCACCUUUCGGGAAUAAGGUUUUUUCCUUUUCAAAGACAGAGCCUUGGGCUUUAAAGGCCCCCUUUCUCCCUGUUUUUAGAUGCUUCCUUCACUGUAUCUUGUUUGCAUUUUGGAAUCAUGUCAGGUCAGCUGUUUUAAGCUGCACACACUCCUUCCUCAUGGUUCAAGAGAAUUUUAGUUUUAGGAUAUCUCCUAGAACAGAACAGGUACCCCAAACUGGUCAUUGUCCGCCAGGUCCAACUGUUGUUUCCUAUAGAACCUUAUUUUCCUUUUCUAGGCUCAGGUUGUAUUUAUUAGUUGUUAGAAUUCCUUUUUUGGUUUUGGUUGGUUGGUUCUGGUAAAUGCUUCUUCCCUAGAGAAGCAAGGUCCUUCUCUGUCUGGUUUGGCGUUUUUAGUUAAGAUGCAGCUCCCAGCGGGUUAUAGAAGAACAGUGCUCUAAGGGGCAUUUAUACUACCUCAGUUCUUAAUCCAGCCUUUUGAUUCUUUUUAUUAUACAGACAGAUGUUCAUGGCUGAAUCCUUGUUACCACUUUCAGCCAUUCUAGCUUUCUGUUAAUGUGAUUAUAAUUUUUAAAAAUAGUUCUUUUCCCUCCUCAAAUCUCUUUCUCUUCUCUUCUAGAAAGAAGUCCCAAAUUCUCUUCAAGGACACAACACAGCCAUCCAGAAUACCCCCAGCUUCUAAGCUGGGAUCAAGCAUUUCCUCUUUCUUUGGUUGGAAAAGUUUUUUUUUAAAUUUUAACAUAGGACGCUUUUCAGGCAUUAGCUGGCAGAAGAGCACCACAGUGCAAAUCACUCUUCGUGUUCUUUUACCCCAGAGGGCUGGAUACUCUGAAAUAGCAUCUCAUCAAGACUGACUUUACCAUUGCCUUUUUGAUCUCUUGGUCUGCAUGGUAGAGUCAAUUCUUUUGUGCUCAUUUGAAAUCUUAUUAAGUCUAUUGCAGAAUCACAUUCUUAUUGCCACCUUUGUCACUAACGAUGUUUAUCUGGCAUAAGGGAGGCUGGAGAUCCACGUUGCUUAGCCUGGUCUGGUUAAUUUUUUUGAUGGUGUUGAGGGUCAGGUGGUAUGGGGCCUGGAUGGUGUGCCACCCUGUGGAAAACCUGCCCGUAGCAGUCCAUCCCAGCUCUUUCUGAUUCUUUGGAAAAGCCACUGUACAGGCCCGUGAUCGUGCAGGUAAUUGCUGCCAUGGAAACACAACUGUCUAAUGGGCCAACUUGCAAUAACACAGCCAACGGUCCAACCACCAUAAACAACAACUGCUCAUCACCAGUUGACUCUGGGAACACAGAGGACAGCAAGACCAACUUAAUAGUCAACUACCUUCCUCAGAACAUGACACAGGAGGAACUAAAGAGUCUUUUUGGGAGCAUUGGUGAGAUAGAGUCCUGUAAGCUUGUACGAGACAAAAUAACAGGGCAGAGCUUGGGAUAUGGCUUUGUGAACUACAUUGACCCUAAGGAUGCAGAGAAAGCUAUCAACACCCUGAAUGGAUUGAGACUUCAAACCAAAACAAUAAAAGUUUCCUAUGCCCGCCCAAGCUCCGCUUCUAUCAGAGAUGCAAAUUUGUAUGUCAGUGGACUUCCGAAAACAAUGACCCAGAAGGAGUUGGAACAACUUUUUUCACAAUAUGGACGCAUAAUUACUUCUCGUAUUCUUGUUGACCAGGUCACUGGCAUAUCAAGGGGUGUAGGGUUUAUUCGAUUUGACAAGCGGAUUGAGGCAGAAGAAGCUAUCAAAGGCCUAAAUGGCCAGAAACCUCCUGGUGCCACAGAGCCAAUCACUGUAAAGUUUGCUAAUAAUCCAAGCCAAAAAACCAAUCAGGCCAUCCUUUCCCAGCUGUACCAGUCUCCAAACAGAAGGUAUCCAGGACCACUAGCUCAGCAGGCACAGCGUUUUAGGUUGGACAAUCUGCUCAAUAUGGCUUAUGGAGUAAAGAGUAGGUUUUCUCCAAUGACCAUUGAUGGAAUGACCAGUUUGGCUGGAAUUAAUAUCCCUGGGCACCCAGGAACAGGGUGGUGUAUUUUUGUGUACAACCUGGCUCCUGACGCAGAUGAGAGUAUCCUGUGGCAAAUGUUUGGGCCUUUUGGAGCUGUCACCAACGUGAAGGUCAUCCGUGACUUUAACACCAAUAAAUGCAAAGGUUUUGGAUUUGUGACUAUGACAAACUAUGAUGAGGCCGCCAUGGCGAUAGCUAGCCUCAAUGGAUACCGUCUGGGGGACAGAGUACUGCAGGUCUCCUUUAAGACAAACAAAACGCACAAAGCCUAAUGAGCUCUUGUCCUCAGUCCAUUUAUAUAUGAAAACUAUACAACAAAGGCAAGUUAAGAGAAACUUUAUACAUUAGUAAAUGUCUUUGUAAGUCAGUGUUGAGAUGGGGAUAAAACGACUACUUAGCAUCCUAAGAAAUAUGUGAGAUUUUUUAUUGCUAGUAUUUGAAUUAAAACUUCUUAAAUAUCUUUUAUGUUUGAAUAUGGACAAGAGGUACAGGGUUUUUACCUGUCACAUUGCAUUCUAUUGCCUUCUUUGAAGAAGGUGGACCUUUUAAAGUGUUUCAGCUAAGGGAAGACAUUUCUUUUCUUUUUACAUAACUGCCUUGAAACCUGUGAGUAAAUAUUGAGGCUUUGUGUUGUAUUUCUUCAGUUGGUUGUGUCUUUUUUUUUUCCCCCUUUUUUUCUUUUUCUGAUUAGCUUUGUGUUUGGUUUACAUUUAAAGCAUUGCUGUUAUGUCUAAGAAAAGUAUUUUGAAGUUUACAUUUUUAUUUAUGAAGUUAAAAACAGUAUUUAUUUUGUAAUUAUGAUUUGGGUUGGGGAAGGGGGGGGCUACAUUAUAAACGCUUAUUGUAAGAAUACUGGAGAACUUUUCGUAAAGCAGUACCUUGCCAAAGAGAUAAGAGCCUCUUUGAUGUGGGUUUAAAAAAAGCAUCUAUUUUUAUAAAAAAGAAAAUUUGGAGAAACUUUUUACUGGUCCUGGAACAAAUAUUUUGACUUGAAUACUUUGAGAAAUCUCUUCAUAUGACACCUAGUGAGCUUUUAAAAUUUACCAGGAAAUUUGCAGCGGUUGGAAAAUUUAGAAAGAUUUAUGAUGUAGAAAAUACUUUUGAGAUCUUUGUAUGAAAGGAGUAGAAUCAUUGGGGGAAACUGCUGGUUUCGUUUUUGUAAUCACCAGUGGAGCGUCUGAUCAUCCUGGUUAUUAUGUGAUAGGUGGCUCACAUUGAUUUGUGAUUUUGAAACAAAUAAAAAAAAUUUACAAAAGAAUAUAUAAGAGCAGGCAAGAAAUUUAAAUUACCAAGAGAUGGGGGAAAAAAAAAUCUGUUCUUCCUAAAGAAAUCCCUUCAGAUAGAGCUCAUGGUGUUUAGUGAUGUACUUGCAGUAUUGUUUAAAGAAUUGUUUUGUCUUAAGGAAAAAAGAUGUUGCACAUGAUUUGUACUGCAGCAAAUCAGCAAAAGUGAUCUGAGUUGGAUAUAUUUGAAGGUAUUUUGAAAGUUAUGUUCAAGGCUAACACCUGAGCUUUGUGUAAUGUAAAUAAGACCUUGUGUUUAUGAACCUUUCAGCUAAUUUGAUUUUUUUUUUCCCUUACAUGCCAAGUGAUGUUCAGGUUUUGAAUGUUUUUGUAUCAGUUUUUUCCUUUGUAAAUGGCAUUAACAUUGUUACUUGAGGUCUUGCUUAAUCACUUUUGUUGUCCUGAGGACUUGAAUUUACAGUGCAUCAGAUUUGUUGCUAAUUUUGUCUGUAGAUAGUCUAGCUUCAGCUGUUUAUGGUGAUGCUACAUUUUCGUUUAUAAAUAUGUUUGUGGUAAAAAAAAAAAUGAGUAUAACCAUAGGUUUUGAACAAAUUUCCUUACAUUUUUCAUACAAAAAUCAUAAAUAUCUGUAUGCUAUUGAAAUUUAACUUUGUAUGAUGCUUAAACCACUAUUUGGGGAAAUAAUAAAAUAAGUCUUUACCAUGUAUGAAAGAAAUUUUAAAAAAUACAAAAUAUUUUCUGAUUAGCAUCUAGCUUAUAAUAAAUUUUCAAAAAAGCUGAAGGCAAAAAUGCCUUCAUCAGGAUGCACUGAGAACUAUAUAGUUACGUCCUGCUUUUUGUAUAAACUGAGAUGCUCACAUGCUUCCCCUUAGAACAGGCAAUGUGCUAUGCAUAACAUAGUUGUACAUUAUCUUUGCGGUUGCGUUGAGUUUUAUUUUUUAUUAUUUAAAAUUGUAGUUAUAAAAUCUUUCAGUAUAGUACAGUACAUAUACUGUGAGGCGCGUGCUAAAGUGAAUAAGCGAGUUUUCAUGCUGACCCACUCAAUGCUAUUCAGAAAUCAAUUGGCUUAGCACUUUCUCAUAUCCUUAGGUGCAUUUAGAUGGUCAGAGUUAACCUGCGUUAAAAAAAAAAAAAAACUAAAAAACUAAAUACAUGUAUAUACUUUAAAAAAAAAAAUAAGAUUUCCCUCACGGGAAAACAGCAGCUACAUGCUUCUUUCCUAUACUAUUGUAGCAAACCAAGGCAUUGAUGAGAGGGCAUGCAAAUUGUGCUUCACUUUACAGUGUUUAUCAGAGCACUUAAUAAAAUGUAAGGCUGGUAUUUAUUUGAAGUUGUACAGUAUGACUUAAUUCACAUCUGUUGGAAUAGAAAAUAUAUUCUGUUGAGUAUUUAAGAGGCUGUACAUGUUUUCUUUUGUGUUUGGAUUCUUUGUACUUUUUCAUGUUCAGUACAUCAAUAAACAAAGUUGAAGGGAAAGAA